UAUAUUUCAGAGGUAAAAGAUGGCUUGCUUGAAUUCUACAAAACAAGACACAGUAAAGUGUUCCUGUCGCCUCUUUUUGAAGAGAAAGACACUCCGUUGGCUUCUUUCUAUAUCAGUCCGGAACUGAGCUCAGUAGUCUCAACAUCAACGAGAAAUGAUGAAAAAAUACCAGUCAAAUCGUUAUCGGAGAUAUUCAAAUUUGACAAUACGGAAAAUCGAGAAAUAUAUGUACUCGCUGAUGCUGGGCUCGGAAAAACUGCAUUUUCCAAGUAUUUGGCUAAUGUUUGGUGUCAAGCCCAUUACCCAGACGAACACAUGAGUAAUGUUUUGUCAAAAGAUGAUAUAGACUGUAUGCAAGGAUUUGAUUUCUUAUUUCUGGUUUUACUGCGAAAUUCGAACAAUUUAUGUUCAGUAGAUGAUAUAAUAUUUAAAAAGAUUCUUUCAAAUUUGGGUCUAGAAGAAAAGCCUUCAGAGGACUUUCUCCUUAAAAUCUUGAAAAAUGAAAAAUGCCUCGUUAUACUUGACGGACUAGAUGAAUGGACCCACCCCGAAAUGAAAUGUGACAGAUCGCCGCGAUCAAUCCCCCAUAGGAAUGACCGAAAAAAAUGUACAAUACUGACCACUACGCGACCCUGGAAAUUAGGAGUUUUGAAUCUAAAUUCGUGUCAAAUAGGAAAAAAGGUAGAAAUUACACAAUUAAGUAACAAUUCGGCCGUCACGCUUAUAAGAAGGAUAUUACAAAGAUUAAAAUCUCACCAGAAUAAAGAUUUAUUAGACAGUGACGUCAGGCAGUUCAUACAAACAAUCAAUAGGAGACAAAACGCCCAGCUUGCUUGUGUGCCUCUUCUUUUAAUAUAUACUAUUUGUUUAUGGUGUGACGGUAUUCAAAUAGGAGAUUCAAAAUGUGAUCUGUAUAUAAAUAUAGUCGAGCUUCUUUUAUCGAGAACGAUUCAGAUCCACGGGGAGCUUCAACAAUCGUGGGAACUUUCUUCCAGUGACAUCCCAGAAUGCUUAGCUGAAUAUGACAACUGUAAAAGAUACUACCCACUCCUGCUGAAUUUAGGGAAAUUGGCUUAUUAUACAUUAUUCAAUGAAACAAAAGAAAACACGCUGGUAUUUGAUGGAUCAAUUGCUAGAAAAUAUCUCGCACAAGACAUGAUGAAUUUCACCCUUCACUCAGGAAUGUUGUCAGAAAGUACAUCCAAAACACUAACGAAAAAAUUCAGUAAAGUGUCGUUUUCCCACAAAACAGUGCAAGAAUUCUUUGCCGCCAUUUUUAUAAGUUCCCAAAGUGACGCGCAAAAAACUGUUGUAGAGAAAUGUAGAAAUGUUCAAGACAUUCUGGACAUGUCAAAAAUUUGUGAAUUUAUAACUGAAAUGAAUGCUGACCGGAUGUGUGCAAUAUCAAAUGAUUUGAUGUCUGUGAUAAAUGAAGACGAGAAAACACGCGACUAUAGAGCUAGGACAGGUGACGAGUACUUGUACAAUAGCCCAUUGUAUAACAUACAGAAAAUGUUCAUGUCGUGUUUACAAGAAAUGCCUGAAAGUGAAAAUAUUCAAUUAUGUUUACAAGAUUUCUUCAUUAAAGAGAACACCGAGGUGCACAGUGAGCAGUUACAACGUUUAUUAAAACAAAAUAAAACCAACAUAAAAUCACUUUAUAUAAACAUCUACAAUACUUCCAGCAGUUUACGUGAAAUUAUAGAUUUAUUCUCUCUCACAGAUCUCAGUUAUAUACAGAAACUUUACUAUCAUGGUGGCAGGGAGAAGGAGGCUGAGAUAAGUCGGAUAUUGUUUCCCAGUUUACAGUCCGUUACUUUGUUGUUUGGUACAUGGAGAAAUGAUGAAGAAAAUCUUAGUGAAAACAUGGCGCGAUGUCAAAACUUACAAUAUUUAUAUAUUGAACACUUCACGUUAUCUCACAAAAUGCUGGAAACAUUUUUCAAUUUUAUCUCCGGUCAAAAAUCAAUGAAAGAGUUAACAUUGAGGAAGUUACACUGUAAAGAACAUGGCCGCCUCCAUGAUUGUAAGAGAUGGAACUUGGACUUGUCUCAACAGUCAACUCUAUCAAAGUUAGUCUUGGUGCAGUUACCUGGGAGGCUACAAUUAAAUAUAUCAACACCGUCAUUAGUUUAUGUUAAUUUGCGGAGAGUCAAUGUAGAUGAAAGUUCACUGUUACUGUCACGUGACAUGUUGAAUAUUGAACGUGUGAGGUUGUGGGACAUAGAAAUGUCUGCAAGAAGUUUACAGAACUUUUUUAACGUGCUGGAAAAUCUGCCGCAGUCAGUUACAGUAAAGAUGAAAGGCAUUAAACCGGAAACAGAAUAUGACCGUGUUAGAGAAAAUAUUCGGAGAUCACAAACUUUUCAUGUGAUACAAGAAGAGACCUUGGUGGAGGGCAGGUGGCAGCCAUUUGAGUUCAAAACAAUAAAACCAAGCAAAGAAUAGACACGGAAAAACAUUGUGAAAUAAAUUGAAGCCAUUACUUAAAUGAUUUUAAUUAAUAAAAACAAUUUAAUUAUGGACACUUAGAAACAAAAUGGCGGCUCUUCAAACUUUAACUAGGACACAUGUACUUUCGUUUUCAAUUAAUAAUUUAAGUGACAAUUGUUUAUAAAUAAAAACAUUUAAUUAAUAUAAAUAAUUCAAGGAAGUUUUGACGGAAUUCAAUGGAUAUAAAAUUGGAUUAGGAUAAGGAAAUAUUUAACAGCGGCCAUGGAUCAGAAUUGUUGUGAUGCAGAAUCUCUUGUGACAUUUUACAAUAUGGAUUUGUGUUGAGUUACAGAUUAUUUUGAGCAAUAAAAAUACCAUGUUCCUUUGUUGACAAGAAAAUCAGCUCAAGUAAAUCUGCAGCAACAAUGAUUAUUAUGCUUCUACUAGAGUCCAAUAUGAAUACUAAUUAACACCUCGUUCCUGGCUUUACAGAAACAUAUCCACAAGAAAAUUGUUUAAAAACAGUGCAUCACCAAUAACUUUUAAAAUCUUCUAGUUCCUUGCUGAAACAAAGACAGACCAGAAAACUUUUGCAUUGUUUGUACUUAAACUUGUUUUCUUCAAGGAGAAUUUACAUCUGUAAAAAAAAUUAUUUACCAAGGCCGCUGUCAAAUAUUUAAAAAUAUCCUUCUGAAAACUUUGUUAUGGACUACUCACAUACCUUUAGAAAACACAAAUGAAACUUGUAAAAAUUCUUGUAAUUAAAGUGGAUUGGUCUACAAUGUGCACAUUUUCCAUAAGUAUUGAUAACACGACUACAAUUAGACAAUAAGAUAAUUAUGAACAUUUUUGAUAUAUUUUGGAAAUGUUGAUAGAGUUCUAAAAUGAUUUAGUUAUAAUGGAAACAUUAUAUAUAUGGCGAAAUUAUAACAUUUUGU